AUGGCUGAAGAAGAUCCAGAGGGCCCCGGAAGCCCAAUCUCUCUUUCUUUUUCAGGUAGUGGGUUUCUUAUAAACUACCAAGUAGGAGUGGUGCAGGCUUUAUGGGAAUUGGCACCUGAAAUACUGAGAUCAGCAUCCAAGGUCUACGGAUCAUCGUGUGGGGCAAUUGUAGCUGCAGCAGUGGCAUGUGAAGUUGACGUAGGUCUGAUAGAAGAAUUUUUUCAUGAAGCUAUGGAAGAAGCCAGGAAAGCGAGUAUUCUCACCCUUUGUCCAGGUUACCGUAUGCUUCGGAUGAUAGAGAAGGGGCUGCGUAAAGAGCUGCCGGAGAACUCACACCAGCUGGCUUCGGGGAAGGUUUGCAUUUCCCUCACGCGCUUGUUGGACUUACAGAACGUCAUCAUUUCAGAGUACAGAUCGAAGGAGGAGCUCAUACAGGCAGUGAUCUGUAGCUGCUUCCUUCCUGUCUAUUGUGGAUUCAACCCUCCCUCUUUCCAAGGCGUGCGCUACAUUGAUGGAGGUAUGACUAACGUGCAGCCUGGCUCGGACUCCGAUUCCAUGAUCACGCCAAAGAUGCACACGCAUCCUGAGAUUUGA